UUUGGUUUUUGGUUUGAAACAAAUCGGAGGAGUCCACUUGUUUGAGCUUCAGUCGGUAGUUGGCUUUUGCUUGGUUUUGACAACAAAAAAAUCACUCCUCUUUCUUUCCAGACAGACGGCUGCAAAAAUCAACAAUUAAAUAUUUCUGAACUGGUAGCAGCAUCUCUCGAGCAUAAUGGCAGAAAUGGAUUAUAAGCUUACGUAUUUCAACAUGAAAGGUCUUGCCGAGCCGAUUAGAAUGAUUUUCGCAGUCGCUGGUCAAAAGUACGAAGAUGUGCGAAUUCCAAGGGAGGAGUGGGCCCAGCAUAAGGAGAAGUUUGAAUAUGGCCAGUUGCCCGUGUUGGAAGUGGGGGACAAAAAACUUGCCCAAUCGAACGCUAUAACGCGAUUUUUGGCGAAAAAAUUCAACUUGGGAGGAGCAGAUGACUGGGAAGCUGCUAAAGUUGAUGAAUUGGCGGAUGUUAUGGUUGAUUUCCGUUCGGAAUGGCGAAAGUAUUUCAUGGAAAAGGACCCAGAGAAGAAGGAAGAAUUAAAGAAAACCUUAAUUGAGACCACCGUUCCAAAGUAUCUCGGAAAAGUGGAGAACAUUCAAAAAGAGAACGGUGGAGAUUUCCUCGUCGGACAAAAACUGACUUGGAUUGAUAUUCAAUACGCCCAUUUCUUGGAAAUGUUUGAAGUUACCACUGGCCCUGAAGUUACUGCAGCUUAUCCGAAUUUGAAAAAGCUGCAGAAGGCUGUCUUUGAAACUCCAGAGAUUAAGGAGUGGAUUGAUAAGCGACCAGUAACCGAGUUUUAAACUACAAUGGCUUCAGCUCUUACCUUGUAUGUAUUGCUUUUCUAAUCAGAAUUAAUAGUUCAGCACACAACAGAAUUUACCAAAAUUUUUGAAUCUCGACACAAGUCUGAUUUAUUAUUUAAAAUUAGUUAAUUGAAUGUAAAAUGUUACUAAAAUUUCAGUGUUCUUAAUAAAUAUAAGCUAGGCUAUGCUAAUUCAAUAAUAGUGAGAGUAUUAUUCUGUCCCGUUCUCAACUUUUGUAGUAGCUUAAGGAUCUAAAAUGUGUAUUCUUAUUUUCAAUUUUUGAUGAAAUUAAAAAACAGUAUUGCAACUGCUAGAUAUUUACAA